GAAAGGCCUAUAAAUGCGGUGCAGGAGAGUUCAGUAGCACCCAUCUCAGACCAAGUCCAAACCAAGAGGCCUCCUCUGUCUUACUCAUCGUUUUUAACUCCUCUGGAAUCUCAUCAUGGAUAUCCCCAUCCAGUACCCCUGGUACCGCCGGGCCUUCCCACUUCGAUUCUCUGACCUCCCUUUGGCAGAACCUCUCACCGAUUGGCCACUAUACUGGCCUUUUCCCUGGUCCUUCCCCUGGAUGCGCCCUUCAUUCCUGCGCUGGUUCAACUGGCCUGACAAUGGACACAGUGAGAUGCGUAUUGAAAAGGAUCGCUACGUCAUUUAUCUGGAUGUGAAGCACUUCUCACCCGAAGAGCUGUCUGUCAAUGUCACCGACGAGUACAUCAUAAUACACGGCAAACACGAUGGCAGACAGGACGACCACGGCUUUGUGUCAAGGGAGUUUGAGAGGAAGUACAAGCUUCCUGCUGGCGUGUCAUGUGCCGAAGUCACCUCCUGUCUGUCAGUCGAUGGUAUCCUUACAAUCACUGCGCCUCGGUCAUCCUCCACCCCAGAGCGCAAUAUUCCUAUCUCCUGUGAAGAUGGAACACCAAAACAGAAAAUGUAGAGCAGAAUCUGACGCUCCUCACACUGUUUCACUACUAACCCCCAGUGCUGCCUGUUUUUAUAUUUAACCUGUUACUAUUAUGUUGGCAGUUUAAUUCAUAUAUACAGUAGGUGGGGCAUACAGGUCUAGAUGUCUAUAAGUGCAAGUGCCUUCUAA